GAUUCAGGUAUUAUACCACCAUCGCUUAAUUAUGUUUGAUUCGUUUAUAAAACAUACCUAUCUAACUAAUGAUGAAUCGACCUGUAGAACCAAAUAAAGAAGACUGUUGCAAUAGUGGAUGUAAUCCAUGUAUAUUCGACGUUUAUGAAAAACAAUUGUUAUUGUAUAAGAAAUAUCAAGAAGGUGACAAUAUUUCAGAAUCACUUUUGGUCAAUGCUAUAUCUCAAUUAAAUUAUACUCAGUUUAAGCUUGUGGAUAAUACUGAAUUAUGCGAAGCUCACAAACGCCUUAGUUUUAAACUAUCAUCGUCCGAAAAUAAUUUUAAGGUUGUAUGGAAACCUGGGGACCACUUUCUUUUUAAAUAUACAGAAGAAGAAAAUCCUUCAUGUACUCGAGCUUUCACUCCUCUAAAAGAAAAUAAUAAUACUGAAAUAGAUUUUUUUAUUAUAGUUAAAAGGUAUGACAAAGGAGUGGUUUCAAAUUAUCUCUACAAUUUAAAACCAGGACAAGAAACUCUAUGGCGUGGUCCAUACGGUGCCUAUGAGAUCAUACAAAAUAAGUUUAACAGAAUUUUUAUGAUAGCUCAAGGUACUGGUAUAACACCAUUUAUGUCUAUCAUAGAAAAUAUUAUAGAAAACGAAGAUGAUAUGACCAAACUCAUUUUAUUAUAUUGUUGUCACAACGUUAAUUCAAUUCCAUUGAGAAAUGAAUUGUAUUCCAUGAAAUGCUAUUGGAAUUUUAGUUAUACGAUUUUCUUGGGUGAAAGUAAUUAUAAUGAAAUUUACAAGUACCAAGAACCUAUAAUAAAUCAUAAAUUGAGGCCAGAUGACUUUCUUCAAUUUGUUCCUUUUAGUGAGAAUGAUCAGUUUCUCUUGUGUGGAUCCACAAAUUUUAUGGACUAUUAUAAGUUGUGGUUAAAAACUCAAGAAGUGAAUAAUGUGUUUAUAUUUUGACUUUUUACGUUUCAUUUAUUUAAUAUUGUACUAUGAACAGCUCACA